GAUAAGGGUCAAGUUCGUUCAAAUCUCCAGUCGUGGCCCAAAGAUGAACCUGUUCGGCGUUUUCAUUUGCACCCUCUUCGUUUUGGAAGGGUGGACGGCGCGUCGAUUGCCGGGAUUGUGCCCCACGAUGACAAUUCGAAACGGGAGAGUGAGGUACAGGCAAAGGGGAAAAAUCGCGCGGUUUUUGUGCAACCCGGGCUAUAAACUAGCCGGCGAUAGGUAUAGUGUGUGUCUUGGGACCAACUGGGACAACCAGGGCUCCAAAUGUGUCCGACCGGGCUGCAAGACCGCCAAUCCACCUGCUAAUGGGCUGAUUUAUACGUCGUACGGAGGGGCGGUACUGAAUUUUUACUGCAAGAGUGGGUACGGGUUGAAUGGGGCGAAUAUUACCUACUGCGAUGGGGUGCGAUGGGACAACCCGCUGCCGACGUGUUUUGGUAAGUACCUAGGUUAA